AUGCGGCAGCACCACCGGCAGCAGCAGCAGCAGCAGCUGCUGCUGCUGCUGCUGUUGCUUCUGGGGGAAGCCCUUCUGGGGACUCUCUCGACUGCAGCAGCAGCAGCAGCUGAUGAAGUCCAGGGUGUGCAGCAGCAGCAGCACAGCCAGGGAACCCUUCCUGAAAUCGGGGCUCCAGCAGCAGCAGCAGCAGCAGCAGGAGCAGCAGCAGCAGCAGCAGAACCAGCAGCAGCAGCAGCAGCAGCAGCAGCAGAGCCAUCAACGGCCGCUGCAACGGUCAGCAACUCAGUAUCUUCCGGCGAUGUUGCUGCAGCAGGAGUUCCGGAUGAGCAGCAGCAGCAGCAGGUGCAGCAGCAGCAGCAGCAGCACCAGCAGCAGGAACUGUCUGAGUUGCCGCCGCUGCAACUGCAGCAAACUCAACAGGAGCAGCAGCAGGAGCAGCUGUCGAAGCUGCUGCAGCUGCAGCAGGAGCAGCAGCUAUGGCAAGUAAAACAGCUAGAGGAGCAGCUGCAGCAGGUGCAGCAGCAGCAUGAGCAGUGGCAGCAGCCCUCUAGCCACGAGCUGCAGCAGCAGCUGCAGCAGGUACAGGCACUGCAGCAGCAGCUGCAGCAGCAGCAGGUCCUGCUGGAGCAGCAGCAGCAGCAGCUGCAGCAGCUGGAGCAGCAGCAGCAGCAGCAGCAGCAGCAGCUGAAGCAGCAGCAGCAGCUGAAGCAGCAGCAGCAGAUGCCACUGGGCCAGGCGGUUGUGCAGCUGCGAGACAUGAUAGAGAAGCAGCAGAAGAUUGAGGCGCAGCAGCAGCUGCUGCAGCAGCUGCAGCUGCAGCAGCUGCAGCUGCUGCUGCAUCACCAAGCUCCAGUUAGCGCCGUAACAGCAGCAACAAGAGCAGCAGCAGCAGCAGCAGCAGCCCAGGAGCCCCUCACUGUCAAAGAUAUAAUAAAGCUAGCAAGGUCUUCUCUUCAAGCCAGCAGCAGCAGCUCUGCUGCUGCUGCAGCUGCAGCAGCAGCAGCAGCAGCAGACGAAGACCCUGUGGGGUUGGAGGCAGCAGAAGCAGCAGAAGAGUCUCUACAGAGGCAGCUGCUGCAGCUGUCAGCAGCAGCUGCUGCAAACAGCAGCAGCAGCAGCAACGAUUUCGAAAGCUACUGCAAGCAGAUAUUUUCGCGGGAAAGCCGCAGCCCAGCCCCAAUAACCUUUGGAGACUCGGCGGAGUUCGUGGGGGGCCCUGGGGGCCCCUCGCGUCUGCACACUUUCAUUUUAAAUCUAAAAGAUUUGGAGCCGCUGCUGCAGCAAACAGCAGCAGCAGCAGCAGCAGCACAGCAGCCUCUGAUUUCCUUCUAUGCCACCGCAGACUCGCCGAUGAGCGUCCGCAAGGGUUUAGGGUUUGGGGUUUAG